CGCAUCUAGUACCUGUAGUAACAUAAACAAGAUGCUUGCACUUUUAAAGAGAAAGCCUGAGGAAUCAUUUCAUCUGGAGACCAUUCCAAUUCCAGAUCCAAAGGAAGAUGAGGUUUUGAUCAAGGUGGAUGCCACCGGUAUUUGCGGUUCUGAUAUCAAUUUAUACAGGUGGAACGACAUCGCUAGGGUGAUCGCAGCCCUGCCCUUCACCCCUGGCCACGAGACAACGGGUACUGUGGUUAGAUGCGGCCCAGAGGCUACGAUUAAAGAGGGCCAGAGGGUGUGCGUGGAAAAUCAUUAUUUCUGUGGAAAAUGUUACCAGUGCAAACACCAGAAUUAUUCGAUUUGUCAGAAAAUGAACCAAUAUGGCCACGGGAAGGGGACUCCACACGGGGGCUGCUCUGAGUACAGCAUUGUGCCUUCUAAAUACUGUUAUCAGUUAAAGACAGAUAUCAGUCCGGUCGAGGCAGCUUGUCUUGAACCAAUGGGCGUAGCACAUAAUGCAAUGGAGAGACUGGAGGUUGAAGAUGAAGACGUUUUGGUCAUUGGUUGCGGACCCAUCGGUAAUCUAGCCAUAGCUUUGGCCAAAACGAUGGGUGCUAAAAGGGUUUUUGGUGCAGACAUAAAGCCACAACGUCUUCAAUUGGCGAAACAGAUGGGUGCAGACGACAUAGUUAACUCUUCAGAGCAGGAUUUGCAUGACGUCAUUAUGAAGAAAACUGAAGGCAAUGGGAUCGGAAGAAUAUGUGAAUGUAGCGGUGCCCCCGAAGUUGUAAACGCGAUGUGGACUUUUCUUAGGAAAGCUGGGAAGGUCGUUCUUGUGGCAAUACCGAAGGAACAAAUUCUAAUUAAGGAGCCACUCACCAAUAUCAUUUUGAAGGCAAUCGAAAUCAAGACAAUUCAUGGUCGAUCGUUCAAUUUCUAUCAUACUUGGCAUGAGUGCGAGCGCUUGGUGGCAGAGGGGAAGGUCAAGCUACGUGACGUCAUCACUCACGAGUUUCCUAUGUCCAAAUUUGAAGACGCAUUUGACUAUCUGAAAAGAGAAGAAGCAUGCAAGAUUGUGAUCUACCCUGGAAAGUAGAGCUUUUCAAGUUGUGUUUCGAGGCCCGUUUUCCUUUUUUGAGAGACAAAAUCUGUA